ACCGAAUCGUACACGGUGGAAAUCAUUUGGUCGUGAGACUGCAAACAGUGUGGAUGGAAAAAUCUGAGUGCUGCACAAAACGCCAUUGAUAAUUCACUGAUAUAAAAUCUCACUAUGCCUCCAACAAUUUCAGAUUCCCCUAAAGCUGAAAAGACAGUGAUGGAAAAACUACAGAAGACUUUGCAGGAGCGGAUCAUGAUUUUUGAUGGAGGAAUGGGAACUAUGAUCCAGAAUUGUCACCUCGAGGAGGAAGACUUUAUGGGAGAAGAGUUCAAAGACCACCCUAAAAGUCUGAAGGGGAAUAAUGACAUACUAGUGCUUACUAGGCCUAAAAUUAUCCUUGAAAUUCACAAGGAAUAUUUGGAAGCGGGUGCAGACUUUGUGGAGACUAACACAUUCAGCGGGACCAGGAUUGCUCAGGCUGAUUAUGGAACUGAACACCUGACUUACAGAUUAAAUUUUCAGGCAGCUAAAAUUGCAAAACAAGCUGCAGAGGAGGUGGCAAGUAAAACAGGCAUUCCAAAAUACGUAGCUGGUGCAAUGGGACCAACGAAUAGGACUCUGUCAAUAUCCCCCUCUGUCGAGAAGCCGGAGCUAAGGAACAUUACUUUUGAUGAACUCGUGGAGGCUUACACAGAACAAGCUAAGGGAUUGAUUGAGGGAGGGGCAGACGUUCUCCUGGUGGAAACAAUUUUUGACACUGCUAAUUCUAAGGCAGCUUUGUUUGCGAUCGAGGAAUUUUUUCUGAAAGAGAAUUUUACGUGCCCCGUGUUUGUGUCCGGAACCAUUGUAGACAAGAGUGGGAGAACUCUCUCAGGACAAACUACAGAAGCUUUUCUCAUCAGUGUGUCACAUGCAAAUCCAAUGUGUAUUGGAUUGAAUUGUGCAUUAGGUGCUAAUGAAAUGCGACCAUUCAUGGAAGCCGUGAGCAAAAAUACCACAGCAUACACAAUUUGUUAUCCAAAUGCAGGUUUACCAAAUACUUUUGGAGAUUAUGAUGAAACACCAGAAAGCAUGUGUGAACAACUCUCAGGCUUUGCUCGGGAUGGUAUGUUAAACAUUGUGGGUGGAUGCUGCGGGACCACACCUGAGCACAUCAGAGCAAUAGCUGAGGGAGUUUCUCAGUACAAACCAAGAGUUCCACCUGAUGAACUGAGGAGAGACUUCAUGAUGCUCUCAGGGCUUGAGCCAACAUACAUAGGGCCAUAUACCAACUUUGUCAAUGUCGGAGAGAGGUGCAAUGUAGCUGGAUCUCGAAAGUUUGCCAAACUCAUCAAAGAUGGGGAAUAUGAGGAGGCUUUGAAUGUUGCAAAAACUCAGGUAGAGAACGGAGCGCAAGUACUGGACAUUAACAUGGACGAAGGAAUGUUGGAUGGAGUAGCGUGCAUGACCAAGUUUACGAAUCUCAUUGCCUCAGAACCAGAAAUAUCCAAGGUGCCCCUUUGUAUCGAUUCCUCAAACUUUGCUGUGAUAGAGGCAGGUCUGAAAUGUGCUCAGGGAAAGUGCAUCGUUAACAGUAUUAGCUUGAAAGAAGGAGAGGAUGACUUCAUACAAAAGGCCAGGAAAAUCAAACAGUAUGGAGCUGCUGUAGUUAUCAUGGCAUUUGAUGAAGAAGGACAAGCAGCAGACAGAAAAAGGAAGUUUGAAAUAUGCCAGAGAUCUUACAGAAUACUUGUAGACAAAGUCAAGUUCAAUCCAAAUGACAUUAUAUUUGACCCCAACAUUCUCACCAUAGCAACAGGAAUCGAAGAGCACAACUCCUAUGGAGUGGAUUUCAUCAUGGCAACCAAAGACAUCAAGGAGAAUUUGCCAGGAGCCAGAGUUAGUGGGGGCGUGUCUAACUUCUCGUUCUCGUUUCGUGGGAUGGAUGCUGUGAGGGAGGCAAUGCAUAGUGUUUUCUUGUAUCAUGCCAUCAAGAAUGGUAUGGACAUGGGAAUUGUAAAUGCUGGUUGUCUGCCAGUCUACGAUGACAUUGAGCCAAAACUGCUGGAAAUGUGUGAAAACUUGCUGUGGAAUAAAGAUCCAGAUGGAACAGAAAAACUGCUAGCUUAUGCCCAGAGCAUGGGUAAAGAUGCCAAGAAGGCAGUGGUGAGCGAUGAAUGGAGAAGUAAAACUGUGGAGGGGAGGCUGGAAUUUUCACUCAUAAAGGGAAUUGACAAAUACAUUAUAGAAGACACGGAGGAAGCUCGUCAGAAUCGGGAUUUGUACCCACGACCUCUCAAUGUCAUUGAAGGACCACUGAUGAAGGGUAUGAGUGUGGUAGGAGAUCUGUUUGGGGCAGGGAAAAUGUUCCUACCCCAAGUUAUCAAAUCGGCCCGUGUUAUGAAGAAAGCGGUUGGUCAUCUGAUACCCUUCAUGGAAACAGAAAAGGAGGAAAGAAUGAAACAGACAGGAACCAUAGAGAGUUCUUACUCUGGGGUUAUUGUUUUGGCAACAGUGAAGGGGGAUGUACACGACAUUGGCAAAAAUAUUGUGGGGGUUGUCUUGGCGUGUAACAAUUUCAAAGUUAUAGAUUUAGGAGUAAUGACGCCCUGUGAAAAAAUUCUUCAAACUGCAAUGGAAGAAAAUGCAGACGUCAUCGGAUUGUCGGGACUGAUCACACCCUCUCUAGAUGAGAUGAUCCAUGUUGCUAAAGAAAUGGAGAGAAUUGGGAUGAGGGUUCCGCUACUGAUAGGUGGAGCCACCACCUCAAAAACCCACACUGCAGUCAAGAUAGCCCCGCGAUACAAAUCACCGACGAUUCAUGUGCUAGACGCCUCCAAAAGUGUGGUAGUGUGCUCCCAACUCCUGGAUGAGGAAAACAAAGAGGAUUAUAUAGAAGAGGUAGCUGAGGAUUACGAUGAAAUCAGGACUGACCAUUACAGCACUCUGAAAGACAGAAAAUAUUUAAGCAUAGAAAAAGCACGAGAGAAGAAGCUUUCUGUUGACUGGUCUUUAAGACCACCAGUGGCCCAACCAUCUGUGAUUGGAGUGAAAACGUACGAGAAUUAUGACUUGUCACGACUAAUUUCAUACAUUGAUUGGAAACCUUUCUUUGAUGUUUGGCAACUCCGAGGGAAAUAUCCCAACCGAGGUUAUCCCAAAAUCUUUAAAGAUAAAACAGUCGGACCAGAGGCCAAGAGAGUGUACAAUGAUGCCCAGAACUUACUGAAAACGAUGACCACCACCAACAAGCUUCAGGCCCACGGGGUGGUCGCCUUCUACCCAGCCAACAGUGUGGGUGAUGACAUCGAGGUGUACAAUGAAGAUGGGGAGGUGAUAGAAGUUCUACAUGGACUCAGGCAACAGGCAGAGAAAGAAGCCAUGGAUAAAUCUCCUUACUUAUGUUUGUCAGACUUUGUAGCACCGAAAAGUUCUGGUAAAAAGGAUUACAUUGGUAUGUUUGCCGUCACAGCCGGUCAUGGCGUGGACAAAAUGUGCAAAAUAUAUGAAGAGAAGUUUGAUGACUAUGGAAUUAUAAUGGUUAAAGCGUUGGCAGACAGACUUGCUGAGGCAUUUGCAGAAGAGUUACAUGAAAGGGUACGAAAGGAGAUAUGGGGCUAUUCAAGAGAGGAGGUGUUAGAAGCUAAUGACCUACAUAAAAUUAAAUACCAGGGAAUCAGACCUGCACCUGGAUACCCAAGUCAGCCUGAUCAUACUGAAAAGGAAGUGAUGUGGCGCCUUCUACAGGCAGACAAAGUGGGGAUAACUCUAACAGAGUCUUUAGCAAUGUUACCUGCUGCCUCCGUUUCAGGAUUAUAUUUUGCCCACCCAAAGUCAGAAUAUUUUGCAACAGGAAAGAUACAAAAAGAUCAGGUUGACGAUUACUCCGCCCGGAAGUCAGUGGAUGUAGCAGUGAUGGAGAGGUGGCUAGGCUCUGUAUUAGCUUAUGAUCCGGAAUAAGAAUAAACUUUAACAAUACUUUGAGAAGAUUCUGUCUGCAACUACAGAUAGGAGUGGCUACUGCUGUUACAGACUAACAACUAGGAAAACUCAGGACUCUUUAGAUGAGAAUAUAUGGGAUAGUCUUAGUACAUACAUGGAUAUUGUAUACAAUGUAUAUGAAUUUUUGGUGAUAUAUUCCGAUAUAUUUAAUAUCUAAGGCUUCAUGAAGAGCAGUUUGUAUCCAGUGGGUUGACUGGAUAUGUCUCACCUGCAGAAGGAGUUUUCAUACUUCUGUGAUACUCUUGUAUAUCCAACUUAUGAAUCACAUGAUGUACUGAUGAAAUGUGAUAAGUAAAUAUAUUAUUUGAUAUUAAAUGACACAUCAUGAA